AUGCCUGAUUCGCCAUCGAAGAAGCCGUCUACGAAACCUAUCCACGAAUUCUUCAGGCCUUACCUCAAGAGCACAGUCCCCGCCAAAAGAUCGUCACCCCCGACCCGGGGCCCAGAGGAGGUCGAGCCCUCGCGCCGAGAUGAAUUCAAGACCAGAACGCCAAAGGCAAAAGAGCGGGCUAUCAAAAACGAUGCAAUACGAACACCUCCGUCCUCCGUUCUAACACCCGCGUCCGCGCCGGGCUCGAGAGCCUCACUGUCCAUUCGCAGCCGAUGCUCUCCUUCAAAAGAUCCGAUAGAGCCUCCUUCGACGUACAAGCGAGCUUCUAUCUUUGCCGCACACAGCCAAGAAGAUGACACCCUUCAGGAUAGGGCCAACGGCUUUUCAUUUACCGACCUACCAAGUUCAACGCAGGCUGUCGUCAAGGAUGGUAAAGUGAUUGAGAUUCUCGACUCCGACGAGGAAUUGGAGUCGCUUGAGGAUCUGUUUGCAAGGGGACCAGGCCGUCAAAAAGCUGUAUUGUCAUCCGCUGCGGAUGAUGAAGCCAAAGCCGAGACUGAGCGCCUGAGGCUGUUGAGUCUAUUUACGUCGGGCAGGCCAGUUCCGUUGGUGGGCAAGGAUAAACUAAGGGCUCUGUAUGCCAAAGAAAAGGCGCACAAAUUUGACAUCUCGGCCCUGGUAGGAGAUCACUUCGAUGACGAGGAAAUCGAAAAAAAUGUCAGGAAAGCCCGGGCAGACGUCGAUGCAGCAAUUCAAGCCGCGGAGGUAGACAGCAAUCACAAGCUCGACAAGACGCUUCUAGCGGCCCUUGCGACCACAGAGGACGGUGAACAUGGAGUGGUAAGACUGCUGGACGCUGUUGACCGCACGGAAGCCCUAGCGAGCGACCCAGUCUUCCUGUUCUUCGGGGUCAACGGGCUAAAUGAUUGGGGUGGUGAAGGUCCCAUUGAACACCCUUUCCCCAAAGAUGCAAUCCCAGAAUGCUUGUGGCGAGAGGGGGAUAACGACUCAAGGUCAAGAGCCUACGUGUCAGGCUAUAUGGCUGAUCUCGCUGCAAACGGCCUGAUCUCCGACGACGCCUUGAAAUGGACCUUUGAGAACGUCAUCCGUGAGCAACAGGACGACGUCAGGGAAGCAUAUAUCCGAUGCUUACGGAAUGCGAGCUCUUCCUGGACGAGGAACAAUGUCAAGCCACAGGACGUCGAGACUGUCUUCCAAACUUUAGGAGCUGAUUCCAACAGCCUCCAGGGUUCUGUCGAAAUAAAGCCCAGGCAUGUGCUUCUGAAAGAGCCAGUGCGGCGUGAUCCGAAAUACCUUCUUGCAGCCCUUGAUCUCUUCCAAUACAUAUGUGCGGAUAUGGACUUUUUGGCCUUGAGCAAGCUGACUUCUAUCAUCUGCCGACUCGCUAUCGACAGUGGACUCACGAGCGACGGCCGAAUUUCGUCAAAAAUUGACGAGAUUCUGGAGACGCUUCUCUCACUCCCGGACGGGGAGACGUCCUCUCACGUCGCAGAGCGAAUGCUAGAUGACGUUGGCCAGUAUCUGAAAGAUGCCACUUUACAAGCACAACUACUCUCUCACAUCCUCCCUACUUCGCCCACCGCUUUGCGGAUACGCAUCCUCCUCGCACAAACCUUCCUCGUUGGCGUCGACAACCUAGAAGAGACUGCUUUCAACACUCUCCAAAUUUCACUCCACAUGCUCGCAGAACACGUAUCCAAAUCCCCUAGCUUCGAUACACGACGCCGAAAAGGUCCUAGCACAAUGGACUACACAGCCCUCCGCGCUCGCACUCAUAUCCUCGACAUCGCCAUCUCGGACGGCGGCCGACCCAGGGCCUUCUCUUCCCGCGCGGACGAACAAUCUUUCAACAAAUCCGUCGACCGCCUCGCCGAUGCCAUUCAAGCGACAUUCGUGGCGAUUGUCGACACGGGCGCCUCACACAUGGCACGCACAGAGUGCAAGGAUGUUCUGCACGCAUUGUAUUGGCGGUUAUUGUACAGCGUGAGGACGGAGUUGAGGCCUAAAAGGCAUAUCUUUGACGGGAAGACGGGGAGAAUGAGGGAUGCGGAGGAAGUCAGGGUCGAGGAGAGAGGCAAGGAACUUAUGAACAAUUUUCUGGAGAACAGCAAAGGAAACCUACGGGAAGGGGAGAAAAGAGCAAAGCAGAAGGCAGAGGGCUCGAGCGGUGGAGAGGUCCCGAAACAGCAAGACGGAAAGGUUCCUCCCACUUCUCUGCUGUCGGAGCCUUCCGAGACUGAAAAGUCGAUCCCCAGGCAGUUGGGCUGGCAGUUGGGGCUGGACAACUAG